UUUUCCUUGUCGUUACUCGGUCUGUGUUUGACUUCAGUACACAAUCAGCGAUACAUUAUUGCGGGUGACGAUAAUAUCAACAUCUAUGUAUAUAGCAAUUGAAGUGGAUUUUGUUAUCUUUUAUUUCUAGAUUACAGCUACUAGUGUAUUGGAUUCAAUAUUAAACUGUCUCUUUUAUGGUUUAUUCGAAUUUUUGUGUAACGAGAAAUAAUAUUUAAUUUAGUUUAAAGAAUUUUAAGACUUUUAUACAGUUUAAACUUCAAUCUUUUAGCUUACAAGUUACAACGUAGAAUAAAAAUGGCGAAAGCGAAGGUUAACCAGAAAAUGGGACCAGUUGUUGAGUUGCCUGAAUGUCCAAUUUGCUUGGACACCAUGUCAGCUCCAAUAUUCCAAUGUCAAUCAGGUCACAGUCUCUGCAGCUCUUGUACUAAAGCGUUGAUGCCUCCUAUAUGUCCAUUGUGCCGUCAAGCAAUGACUCAAGUGAGAAAUUGGCAGCUUGAGGAUUUGUUAUUAAAGGCUACUAUGAACUGUCCGAAUAGGAUCAUAGGUUGUGCUUAUACAACUGUUGCCUCAAAUAUGGAAAACCACAUCAAAGAAUGUAUUUAUCGAGAGAUGAUUUGCCCUCUUCAUGUAUUUGGCAGAUGUUCCUGGUCAGGAAAACUAAAGGAAAUGUUAGAUCACUUUAAAGAACACCAUUCUCAGAAUUUGAUUAUGACUAUGGAUCAGAAAGUGACCAUUAAUAAUCUUAACAUUAAUGAAGAUGAUCGCUUUGUGUACAUUAUGCCACAAGGUAAAAUGAUGUUCAUAGUAACAUUGAAAAUUGAUACAAAAUUGAAAUUAGCAUUUUUUGCCGUACAACUUAUAGCUUGUCAGAAAAUUGCACAACAACAUGUUUAUGAAUUAAGUAUAACUAGUUUGCAAGACAAGGAAAGAAGAGUCAAUUAUUUUGAUCACUGCUUUAGUGACGCAACGGAAACGAGAGAGAUAUUGCAAUCAGCAAAAUGUUGUGUUAUGUCUCUAAGCAUGCUGGGAAAUUUCAUUAACAAGAAAUCAUUAUCAUUCUCUUUGAAUGUGCAAAGACUGAGACCAAACUAUCAAAGAGAACCAAAUAAAAAUAUUCAUCAAGUUAAUCCAAAUGUUGCUAAGAAUCGACAAAAUUUUAGAGGUAAAAGUCCCUCAGCUGUAACUCACGGUCCCAAUAGACCCAAAGGUCCAUGGAAGAAAGCUAUUAAUCAAAAAUAAUAAUAUUAUCCCAUUUAUAACAAACAAAAUGUUAUAUUUUGAUUCUUAUGUAGUUAUUAGAAAAGCUGUUUAUGAUACUACUUCUACUUAUUUGUGAAAUUGAUUACUUAGAAAUAAAAAUAAUAAAUAUUUAA